CACUCCCCCGUUGGGGUGUCCCCCCGCCCAGGCACUCUGGCACAUCCCCCGGACCGGGAAGGGGAAGCGAAAGCAGCAGGGCACAGCACCCAGUGCCACGAGCACCCCGAGGAGGCAGCACCCAUCCCGAGGCCGGGGCCCUCCAGAAGCACCAAUGGAGAAGGACGUUGACGGCUGCCUGGAUGGGGCCAAGACAGUGCCAAGUGCCAGUCUGGGCACUGAGGGGACAGAGACACAGCUGGACAGUUUUGUGGGUGCUCACCCGGACUACAAUGAGGAAGAGGAGGAGCAGAAGUACUUUCGUCGCAAGCGCCUUGGUGUCAUCAAGAACGUGGUGGCUGCCAGCCUGGCUGGCACCCUCACUUACAGCGUCUACCUGGGUCUGCUGCAGAUGCAGCUGAUCCUUCACUAUGACGAGACCUACCGGGAGGUGAAGUACAGCAAUAUCCGGUUGGAGGACAUUGACCGCAAGGUGCUGAUGGGCAUCAACGUCACACCCGUGGCAGCGCUGCUCUACACACCCAUCCUCAUCAGAUUCUUUGGCACCAAGUGGGCCAUGUUCCUGGCGGUCGGUGUCUACGCGCUCUUCGUCUCCAGCAACUACUGGGAGCGCUACUACACGCUGGUGCCCUCCGCAGUGGCCAUUGGCAUGGUGAUCGUGCCCCUCUGGGCCUCCAUGGGCACCUACAUCAUGCGGAUGGCCCAGAAGUACUACGAGUACAUUAACUACAGGGAGGAGCAGGAGAAGGAGAGGCAGCGAGCACCGCGGGACGCCUGCAAUGCCUACAUCAUCGUCUUCCAGACCAUCUUCUACUCCUGCUUCCACUUGAGCUUCGUCUGUGCUCAGAUGCCCAUGGUCUUCUUCCUCAACAACUACCUCUACCAACUCAACCACACGCUCUUUGCAGUGAAGCACUGCGGGACCCUGAGCCACGGCACACUGCCUGGUUUCAACAAGACUGUGCUGCAGAGCCUUCCCCGCAGCGUCAACCUCAUCAUCGUGGAGAGCGGGUUGAUGGCCGCCGCCUUCCUCGCCAUGCUGGUGGUGCUGGUGCUGUGCGGUGCGGCGUACCGGCCCAUGGAGGAGAUCGACAUGCGCAGCAUCGGCUGGGGCAACAUCUUCCAGCUGCCCUUCAAGCACAUGCGGGACUACCGCCUGCGGCACCUCUUCCCACUGUUCAUCUACAGCGGCUUCGAGGUGCUCUUUGUCUGCACUGGAUUCUCCCUGAACUACGGCGUGUGCGCCCUUGGGCUGGAGAGGUUGGCGUAUCUCCUCAUGGCCUACGGCUUCUCCGCCUCGGUGUGCUCCAGCCUGGCCCUGUGCAUGCUGCGCCUGCGCCGGCACAUCCCGCUCCUGGCUGGAGCCUUCAUCCACGCUGUGCUCUUGGUGACGCUCUUCUGCUGGGCGCCGGAGCCCCGGUACCUGGCACAGGCGCUGCUGCUCUACAGCAUUGCCGCGCUCUGGGGCACGGGCAGUGCCCUCAACAAGACCGGAAUCAGCAUCCUCCUAGGGAUGUUGUACAAGAAAAAGGAGCGCCAAGACUUCAUCUUCACCAUCUACCACUGGUGGCAGGCCCUGGCUAUCUUCACCGUCUACCUGUGGUCAGGGCUGCCCAUGAAGGCCAAGCUGUCCAUCAUGCUGCUGACGCUGGUGGUGGCAGUGGGGACAUACCUGUGGAUGGAGCGGAAGGUGGCGUGGAACGUGGAAGUCCGGCUGCCCCGCAUCCCACGCCCGCGCCACAAAACACGUGGAUACCGCUACCUGGAGGACAACUCGGAUGAGACUGGCUCUGAUGGUGACGGGGACAAGGAGGAUGAUGACAGGCACCCAACUGAGGCCACCACGGAGGAUGAGCUGCCAAAAGAGGAUGGGGAGCAGCUGGGACAGUGACAGCCUGUCCUGGGCCCCAUCCUGUUCUUGGUACCUGAGGGGGUUCCCCAGCUCCCCCCGGGUGGGCCCAGAAUUCUGCAAACCCUCUCAGGUCAGGCUUGCAGCCCCCCCAAGCUAAGCUUAAAGCCCCCAGGCAGCCCAGAUCCCCCCACGUUGGCUGACAGACCCCAUACUGGCCCAUGGACCCCCUAGGUCAGGUCCACAGACUCCAGAUUCAUCUAUAGCCCCCAAAUUGCGGUACAGAGACCCCUGAUUUGUGGUACAGCCCCCCAAAUUAUGAUGUAGCUGCUCAGGUCAAACCUGCAGGCCCCCAUGCCAGCCCCAGAGCCCCCACACACAAAUCCACAGCCCCUCAUACAAGGCUCAAGCCCCCCAGGCAGAUCCACGGCCCCCCCAAAUUUGGCUAAAGCCCCUCCGGGUGAGGUCCACAGACCCCUGAGCAGAUGCACAUACCCUCUAGCAAGGCUUGCAGCCCCCCACAAUGUCCUGCAGACCCCAGGCAGACCCCCAGCCCUCCCGUAUUAGCCCGCAUCCACACCUCCAGACCCCGCAGGGCUACCCUGGAGCCCCCAGGUAGAUCGACACCCUCCCAAACUGGCUCACAGCCCUUCAGACCAGACCCACAUGCGCCCCAGGCAGACCCUGCAGCCCCUCCUAGGUUGUCCCGGAGCCCUUCUAGCUCAGCCCGCAGCGCCCUAAGCCGGCCCCGCAGCCUUCCUGACCUAUCCCAUCCCCAUUUUCCUUCAAUAAACCCCCUCCCUCCGUG